CCUAUUGCUCUAUAAAUUGCUCCAGCACCGCGGAGAUCCCAGGAUCUGAGUCACAAAUAGAACCCCGAGUUGUCUUUUCGAUUGCAUGAGCUAGCGAUCCAUGGGGUCUGCCAACAACAACAAGUGGAGCGAGACUGCAAUGCUCGUCAUCGACAUGCAGAAGGAGUUCGUAGACCCCGCAAUGAGCAGCCCGGCGUUCCUGGCCGGCGGGGAAAAGAUCAUCCCUGCCGUUGCCGAGGCCGUCGAACUCGCACGGAAGCGCGGCAUUUUCGUCGUCUGGGUUGUGAGAGAGCACGACCCUGAUGGAAGGGACGUCGAGCUCUUCCGUAGGCACUUGUACUCCGGGGGAAAGGGCCCCGCGAUGAAAGGUUCCAAAGGCGCAGAGAUGGCCGAUGGGCUUGUCGUCAAAGAAGAGGACUAUAAGGUGGUGAAAACAAGGUUCAGCUCUUUCUUCGCGACGAACCUGGAUUCGGUCCUUAAAACCUCAGGGAUCAAGAACCUGGUUGUUGUUGGGGUUCAGACACCAAAUUGUGUCCGGCAGACUGUCUUUGAUGCCGUCGCACUGGACUAUGAGAAAGUUACGGUUAUUGUUGAUGCAACGGCUGGUGCUAAUCAAGAAAUCCAUUUGUCAAACAUCAGAGACAUGAAGAACAUUGGAGUGGAAGCACCAACUGUGGAAGCCUGGAGUCGUUACGUUUGAUUAUGCUCAGCACCAAGGAGACAUCACCGAGCGUAUGAUCAGAUGCAAUGCAACGUGCGGUUCGUUAAAAAGGAAGAAUUAUAUUGUACUGUAUAUGUCUGCUAUUAUCGUGCCAGAUGUUAUAUGCAUGUGCACAAACUUGUAAUAAUCGCUCCUGCACACAGAGUUCGGACCAUUUCGCUGUGCCUUCAUGUCGUCUCCUAAUCUCC